AUUUCUGGCUGAAAAGGACAGGAUCGCUGAGAUUCGCAAACAACGAGACCCGAAGUUGAGGGAAGACAUCGCUUGGAUGAAGGCGCAGACGGUGGAGAACGAUCGCCUGAGGAAGCUCGAGGCUGAGCAGCGUAUGGGGAACGAUGAUGGUAAGGAUGGUAAAGCGAGCACAGCACGCCCAGUCCUACUUCCACGCCAGGAUAGGUUUGUUGGCACUUUCGCCCUAGCUUCAAGCAUGCUUGGCACACCUCCUCGCCGGCUCAGACUUGUUAACAGGGAGUCUAACUCAUCUCGAUCCGAAGACAUGGACUGGGUCCCAUUUCGACCGACCACAUCACCUAUCGUAAUAGUUUCUAAGUCCAGAGCGGCUUCCAGCAACCCAGCCCAAUCUCGCCAGGCUGCCCAGGCCUCCGAUACGGAUCACGAUAUGGCGGAUGCUGCAUCAUCUCCGGCGAAUGCUGGAGCUGUGGCUGCUGCAUCUUCAAUAAUUCGGCCGGCUAUCAACGAUUCGGCGCCAUCUCCCCAGGCGGUACAAGCCCCCGACAUGGAUCUUGAUAUGGCGGACGCUGCAACAUCUCCGCCGAGCGAUGAAGACACCAUUUCUGUGUCUUCCGCAACCUUUCUAGCAACCUCUCUCGAACCUGCUGUGGUUGUCCCAGCUCAGCCAAAGGAGAGGUCACCUGAUGCUAGUGCGAGCACGAUCGAUAUCGGGCAGAGGCUUCAAGCUUUGGAAGAACGAUUCAAUAUGUCCUCUACGAGUCUAGAUGCCCGACUCCACGUCGUCGAGAGCCACCACGGCCUGGCCUCGAAGUUCAUGGCGGCCGUUGAGGAGGACCUCGAAGAUGCCGCGAAGGGAUCUGAGAGGUUUCAAGCCUACCGCUACCAGUGUGAGAUCGAUGGUUUGAAGAAGAAGGAGAUGAAUUUGCAGAAGGGGAAGACUAACAUUGAGGAGGAGCUGGUCGCGGUGAAGGCACAGCUUGAAUUGACGAACUUCGACUUCGCUCAAUUCGAGGAUAUAAAGAACCACGAGGUUGCGGUGUUGCAGGAGAAGCAAGGGAAAUUGGAAACGGAGCUCGCUAUUGCGAAAGAGGAGAUUGAGAGCAUGAAGCGCGAGCGGGAAACUGCGGCCCAGAGCAGCAAGAAGAAAAUCCAGUCCCAAUUGGAUACGUAUCGGGCUCUUGAGAAGCGACUGGACAAAGAGCGGGGAACCCACAAGUCGGAGUUGCAGACCAAAGACAACAUGCUUGCUGCUUUGAAAGAGAGCGAAGGGAAGCUGAAGGGCGAGAUCGAUGAAAUUAAGAUGGCACAUGAAGAUCAUAUCCAACAGUUGCAAGCCAGCAAAGACUUUGAGCUCAAGGAGGCAGCGAAGCGAGAAGAGGAAGCUAUCGCGAGGGAUAGAAGGAUCGGGGAGGCCGAAGUGGAGCAGCUUAAAGAGAUGGCGAGGCGGAAUCGACGCGAGUGGCUCGGAACGAAGAAGGACUUUGAGAAUCAGGCGCAGGAGUUGGAGCAAUCUGGCAAGAACAAGGACGACGAGAUCGCACGACUGACUUCCGAGCUCCGAAAUGUCCAGCAGAGGCUCGAUAUGACCAGCAACGCUGUUCCUACGGAUAGCAUCCCUGAGCUCGAGAGACCCCGAAAACGUGUACGUUGGGAAAUGAAUGAUGAGGAGCUGGAUGAGGUGGUCGCUGGACAAGCGGGUCAAGAAGAAGACAAAUGCGUCAAAUGCCACGGGACUCCCGUUGAACCGUAUUUGACAUCCUACUCUCAUUUGUAUUGCUUGUCCUGCCUAGAAGAAAGAGAAUGCCUUUCUUGUGGCGGACAAAUCAGCUAUUCGGUCCCACGCGCAAUGACUUAACCUUAACCGCAGGAAAGUCUCACUAUAGGCUGCGC